AAUUAAACAAAACCUUCGUUUACAAGUAAUUAAUAAUCCUUUGAUUCACCAGCUUCAACACUAAUCUACACGGUUUCAACAGCCCCCUUCCUCGACAUCCGUGCCCGAUAUCUGCACCGCUGCUGCUGCUCUACACGCAUACUAAUACACACACAAUACGUGAUAUUCUAUACAUUAUAUAUCACUAUAUAUACACACACAUCUUACUUCAACUCCUCAUCACAUUGCUUCUCUUUGUUUGCGAUUCACAGCUGAUUUUUCUUUACUAAUUCAAGCUCUCUCCCUCCGAUCAUGGCCGAGAUUCAAAUCACUGAUGCUAAUCAGAACCCGCAGAAGGUUCAAACUGAAGAAGAGAAGCUAAAGUACCUUGAGUUUGUUCAAAUUGCAACUUUCCACACUGUUCUGUAUGCUUUGAAAGCUUAUAGUUAUGCUAAGGACAAUUCAGGUCCCCUGAAGAAUGGAGUUCAGACUGUUGAAGGAACUGUCAAGACUGUAGUUGCUCCUGUCUAUGACAAGUACCAUGAUGUUCCCAUUGAGCUUUUAAAGCUGGUUGACCGCAAGGUUGAUGAAUCUGUACACAAGUUGGACAGUCGUGUUCCCCUUUCCGUGAAACUACUAUCAACACGAGCCUUAUCUGCAGCUCAGAAUGCUCCCGCCACCGCUCGGUCUGUGGUUUCUGAAGUAAAAGGUGUCAGCCUGGUGGGUACUGUGUCAGGGCUUGCCAAAACUGCAUACGCCACAUAUGAACCUGCUGCCAAGGGGCUGUACUCGAAGUAUGAGCCGGUGGCUGAGCAAUAUGCUGCAUCAACUUGGCGCUCUCUUAAUCAGCUCCCUCUCUUUCCUCAGGUGGCUCAGGUUGUGGUCCCAACUGCAGCCUACUGCUCUGAGAAGUACAACGAGACUGUUCAGCGCACAGCAGAGCAAGGCUACAAAAUCUCUUCCUAUCUCCCAUUGGUGCCCACCAAGAAGAUUGCUGAAGUGUUCAGUGGAAGCGAUGCACAAACUGAGACGGUUGAUCCCAGUGCAGGAGCUGGAGCUGUUUCAAAUUAGGUGUCUUUGCUUUGUUAGACUUUUCUCUUUUCAACCCAGUUUCUUUUCAUUAUAUGCUUUAUUAAUUCUUUUUCUUGUUGUUUCUUUUUUUUUGCAAAAUUGCUUUGGUAACAUUGAUCGAUUAUACCGACGGUUGUUAAAUGUUCUCUUAUUGUGAAUAUAUUAAUCUUGAUGCAA